CGAGUCCUCUUGAUUGACUGCAUAAGCAUGAUUGGGAUUUAUGACUUACAAUUCAUAUUCUCCCUAUUUCUCUGUAAUAGCCCAGCUCUUAGCCCAUGGGCGGGCCCGAAGAGACCCGGACCCGUGGGUCACGCGUGCCUAGCACGUGCUAAAGGAUGAGACUCCGAUUGGGAGUCUUGUUCCUCUCCUGACUCCGGCGGACACCGGGAGUCCUAGGGCCAGCCAAAUUCCGCUAAAACUCUAAGAUCUCAUCUAUAAAAGGAUGCCUUCUCGUCCUCUUAGGAUCUCAUCUAUUACAGGCUUUUUCUUGGUGUUUUCCCGUAGAGUUCUGUCGGAAAGACUUGCAGGAAUCGCCUUUGGGCUUCGCCAAACUGAGCAAAUGUCUGAUAGCACAUUAGACCAAAUGUCUCAUGGAAAGGCAGUUCAAUUACACACCUCAAAUGAAAAUGAGGAGGAGCAUGCAACAUCAAGGCCAUGGUCAGAUCUUCCAUUGGAGAUUGUGGAGUUAUUUGCAGCACAUCUCUCUUGGGUGGACCAGAUACAUUUUAAUGCAGUCUGCAAGAAUUGGAACUCAAUCUCUGAUAACUUUCAAACUAAAAAGCAUAUGCCAGUGCUCAUGUAUACUUCAGGUUCUGAUGGGGAAUGCAACUUCUUUGACCCUAUUGACGGAAAGAGUUACAGCAUAGAGAUUGAGGAACUCUCAUCAGAUGAGCCACUUGAUUUACGCUUCUCUAAGAAUGGAUGGGUCUUGAUUUCUGAAGGUGAUUUGUCCUUAUUUAUAAUCAAUCCAUUUACUGAGACAGUCAUCAAUCUUCCAGAGCUUGAUGAAUCUUUGUACUGCUUCACCGGCAUUUCGUUUUCUUCCCCACCAACAUCUUCAGAUUGUGUGGUUUUUGGCAUUGGAGGUACAAACAGUACUUAUGUUUAUAUUUCAUUGUGGCGCCAUGGUGACAAUGCUUGGAAAGAUUUAUGGUAUGAUAAUAAUCUCCCAUUCUGUGCAACUUACAACAAUCCUGUUUUUCAUCAUGGCCUUUUCUACUGCCUUGGUUCAUAUGGAAACCUUGGAGUUUUCAAUCCAAGGGACAUGACAUGGACAGUUCUUGAAAGGCCAAAACCAAUUCAUUCUGUGGUGAAUGAAGAGAGAAGGCUGGAAGAUUGCUAUUUGGUGGAAUCUAAUGGAGAGCUCUUAUCUGUUUUCAAUGGUAAUGCUGCAAAGCCAAUUCUUGUAUUUAGGUUGGAUAAAUCAAAGAUGACUUGGAGGAAGGUAGACGAUCUCGGAAAGGAAACAUUAUUUUUGGAUGUUAGAACUUCUCUCUCGGUGCGAGCACCAAAGAAAGAAUUCGGAAGCAGGAUAUACUUUCCUAGGUUCAGCAACGAUGAUCAUAGGAAGGGAGUAUACUAUUCUAUGAGAAGUCGGGAGUAUUAUCCUAAGUUCUAUGGUGUGAAAGAACCGGUGGAUUGUCUCUGGAUUGAGCCAAGCUUGUAUGAUGAUGAGUGAAGAAUUUGCUAUAGGAAAGGCCUAGAUGUACAAGAAUAAGGACUUGCUCAAAAUGUAGUUGUAGUCAUGGAGUUGGUUAUUUUAUUGUAGUCAUGGAGUUGGUUAUUUUAUUGCUCUUCAAUAAAUCAAGAAUCUUUAAGCCAACUAUGGUGUCAAUAUUCAUUCCAGUCUUGAAUAAAAUGGUAUUAUUAAUGUUUGUUA